AUGAAGGGAAGGCGCUUUCUUUGUUGUAUCAUUAUCCAGCAUCCAUUGUACUGGUUCACCCUUCCUGCCAUCAUGAAGGGCUGGAUUGAUCGGGUGCUCUCACCAGACUUUGCCUACACACAAGAGAAGUGCUACAGCCAGGGAAUGUUCAAGGACAAGAAAGCCAUGCUGUCCUUCACCACUGGGUCUCAACAGUCCAUGUUCAGUGCUAAUGGCAUUCAUGGAGACAUGAAUGUCACACUGUGGCCGCUGCAGAAUGGCAUCCUGCACUACUGUGGCUUCCAGGUUCUGGACCCUCAGAUCUUCUGGGCUCCCUCUUCUGCGACCUGUGAGGCCCGCAAGUCCAUGCUGGAUGAGUGGCGCACACGACUGGACAAGCUGUUUGAUGAAAAGCCAUUCUCCUUUCCUCCCAUGGACUUCUUUGAGAAGGAGACGGGCUUCCUGCUGAAGCCUGAUGUUGCUGAGAAACUUGCCAGAGAAGAGUCUGGACCGACUGUGGGGCUUCACCUGGGCAAGCCGCUGCCAUGCACCCAGAUGAAAAAUGGGGUCUGA